CGUGGGCCUGUUUCUCUCUACUAACGUCUGCUGUGGUCCUGAACUGAUUCAGCUUCACAUCUCAGGAGUCAUGUGGAGGAUCGUCCUGACCGUCAGUCUGCUCUGCUGGGGCUCUGAGGGCAAAGUCAGCUGCAAAAAUAACAACAAUGGGGACGUGGACUGGUUCAUCUUAUACAAGGCACCCAAACUGCAAGCUCUAACUGGUCUGGAGUAUCUUUACAUCGAUCCGCAUGAAACGACAACGAUGAAACCGUAUAAACCUGGCUACAAGGACAUCAAGCAUCCGAACGGCGUCCUGGCAAACACCCUGCGGCCCCUCUUUACUCCAAUCAGAUCAAUGCAACCAAACUUUGGAUUCAUCAGCUACAGCGACCAGCCUCCAGGAUGUAGUGUUUUGAAAGAGUUUGGCCACAGCAAAGGAGUUGUGAUGGUGGAGAAACUCGGCACAGAAGGCACAGGAGUCUGGCUCCUGCACAGCACACCACAGUUCCCUUUCAACAGAGAUCCAAAUCAUUUCUGGCCCGACAGCGGAGAGAAAAAUGCUCAGACGUUCAUCUGUGUAACGUUCCCCUACAGCGAGUUCAGUAAAAUAGGUAACCACCUGCAGUACAUCAGAGCGUUCCCAUUCGAACAUGACGUUCCAGAUAGCUUUCAUCAGGAACUAAAGGACGCUGUAAACUGGGGCUGGACCCCAAGUGUUCCCCCGCUCCGUGACUUCCAGUCGCUGACAUCAAGUGGAGACCAGAGUUUUCGCAGCUUUUCUAAACAACAGCCAGAUGAGGAAGAAGUUGGAGAUCUUUACGUCACUAUUGCAAAAGCACUCAGCAGUGAUCUGAAAGUCCAGACCUGGGGCUGCCAGCACGGCCGUGAAGAUUCCUACUGCGAUGUUCACAAAGUGUUGAAUAUUAAAAGUGUAGCAACUGAUCUGGGUAACUGGCAGGCCAAAAAUGAUCAUUCAAAGUGGUGUGUAGCUACAGAUCAAAAUAAACAUUGGAGCUGUUUUGCUGAUGUAAACAGGGCAAUAACCCAAUACGAGAGGCGUGGGGGGGCCCUGUGCAUACAAAAUGAAAAAAUACAGAAACAAUUUCAGCAGUUUGUUGGGAGCACCGAGGAUUGUUCCAGUCCGAACAUCAUGGACAUGAGUGGCUGUGAGACAGACUGACAGCAGCUGACAGCAGCUCACCUUGCAGGGCUUCUCCUCUGCUGUCUGCUUCUCAUCUGUCCUGUUUCUUUGUAGAUUUUUCAAAACGUAGUGUGGUGGGAAAAAGCGUUUUUGAAUAAACAGCUCAGGCAAACA